CUUGGAUUGGAUCCGAAGCCUUCUCAUCAUCUAAUCCAUCUCAGCGAAGGUGAUUGCUGUGCAUUGUUUUGGCAUUCAUCGAUAAUAUUAUGAACAGUCAAAGCAACAUCACUCUCCAGUCUUGAUCCCCAACCCGCGUGUUGAUCUUCAUUUUUCUGGCUGCUUUGACAAUUGAACAAACUUACUUGCACACACACAGCUUACAUCUCACAAUUCCAACAAUACUGCUGCUGCAAAGAAAGGAAAAGAAACAGCAUGACUUUAUCCGUUCAUCAACCUAUUUCUGCUUGCCAUGAUGAGGCAGUCCCACAUCCUCCACGCUUGACGAGCGUCGAAACCGAAGCAGAGACCCGUGCUGCUCUCCCCUGGGUAAGCGUCGAGAAUGACGAGGAAAUCACAGACGACCUGACAGGGUUCACCAUGAUCCUGCAACGUCCACAGCCGGGCACUCGGCGCUUAAUGCGACCCUCGCCCGUUCAAGAAGUCUUCAUUUCCAGCAUCCGAAGUGCCGUCAUGGGCCAAGACGUGGACGAUGCCUUUAUGAACCAUCGCAUCACUCCCGUGGUGCUUCGCAACGACUUUGUCGUCAAGGCGAGCAACUUUAUGGAAAUGUGUCAAGGGCGCAUGGAACAAAACAAGAGGGGACACAUCAAGAUUGAUCAAGCGUUCCGCAAGAAUGGAAACUAUUUCGAGGGCUGGGUCUUUGUCCGAUGGAUGGAAGUGGGUUGGAGAGCGGCAGGGUUCAAGGCUCACCGACUGGGAUCACUCCCAUUGGCCAUGUUCCCACGCAAGACUGACGACAAGGGGCUACAGGAGACCCUGGACAGGAUCAUGCAAGAAGUCUUUCCCGUAUUGAUGGAAUGCUUCCCAGAUUGCGACAUUGUUCCUGUGCAACCUUCUCAAGAGCUUUGGGGGCCCACUACUACGUCCAAGGCUGGUUCCGAGUUGAAGGAUGCUUUGAAGCGGGCAGCAGGGGCAAGUUCCGCUUCAUUGUUGGCGAAAGAUGCGCUCAAACAAGCAGCAGAACCAAGUUCCACCGCGUUGUUGUUGAGGGAGGAUGCUCUGAAACAAGCAGCAGAGCCAAGUUCCACUUCCAUAACUUCCAGGGAAGACGACAGCAGUACCUUUGACGAGAACUCCCAGACUUCGGCGGAAUCAUCCGCCCCACUUGGUGAAGAUGUUGGAGGGGUCGCUGGCUCUGAAGGAUCAAGCCGACGCAAAUCGAAUUGCCUGGCAAACCUGUCUCCGUUUCGAGCCUUGUCUACAUUGCUCCCGGGUGGUCGUCGAAAGCGCAGACAACAACUGAUGAACAAGAGACACUGAUGCCGGUGAUCCUCCCAGCUCAUACAUAUUACAUGAGGUUAAAUAAUAAUGCACAUUGGGUUAAUGGUU